AGUGCUUUUGUUCUUCAAUGCUACUCAUGUCUUACUGACCCGUCGACUACGACGACGACCAACGAUGCCGACGACCACGAUGAUAGCGACAACGACGACCGACUCGUUGUCAGCGAUGACCAACGCGAUAUCGACGACUGAAGAGAUACCUGCUUCACCGCCUACCUCAGACCAAGCAAAUCUACUGCUCCCAAUUCCUGCACCUUCUUUGAACAACUCCCAGUCCAGCUUCACCUUCUCCCAUUCCAUCGUAGCAUCUGAUACAGAAUGGGGUUCACUGCCCCCGGAAGUGGCUUCUGCAGAUAUAUCUAUUGCUCCUGAUGGAAGUUUCGUUGAGACCUCAUCCGGAUCAGCUGCCAGAGAGCUAAAGAGGCGCUAUGACCAGUUUCUUGGCGUAGGAAAAGACGUCCGCUCUCCAUACGCCAUCACAGCCUUUGUCAAUCAGCACGGAAAGCAGAUGUACCGUGUCAGUCGUCGUGAUGCAGUUGCUCCAGCUGCUGCUGCAGAGGAAGCAGAGCAAAUGACUCAUAAGGCGUCCAUGUCCACUGAUGCCUCCCGUACUCGUGCCUCCAGGACACGCUCACGCAUGAGCAUACAUAAUUUCAUCACCCAGAAUAAAGUAAAGCCCAGUACCCAGGAAUCUCAUGCCUCUUCCACCACCAUCACCACCACCACCGCCGCCGCCCAGACACGCAAGUUAGUACGAAGGACCCGCUCCAUCCCAGACAUGUUUGGCAUGGCUGCCAGCGCAUCUGCUGCAGGUUCAUCCAUUCAACCCACUCCCACCGGCAGGACUCAUUCCCACAGCGUUACUGGUGCAGACAUGCCACGGCCACAACCAGCUUCGCUCCUCUCCGAUCCGCCCAAACACCCUACCGUUGACAUUUUCGCCGAAGUUAUGCAGUGGCCGAACGGCUCUGUUCCUCCCUCACCAUUUUCGAGCUCGGGUUCUGAAAGCAACGCGCUAAGUUUCAUUCCACAUCCGUUCGGACUCGGCGCCACGUUUGAAUCACCAACACGACCGUCUCCUAAUGGUUUCUUACUCAUGCCGCGUGCCUUACGGGAGAUGCAGUCCUUCGAGUCCGGUCUCACCGCACGCGCAGGAGAUACAUCCAAACGACCAGAUACCCCUGAUUCUAUCCUACCCCUGCGCGUCUCACCCGACCUUGUUCCAGAUUAUUCACCUUCACCACCCCCAGGGAUCAUCCCACCCAACCCAGAAUUCAUCCCACUCCCUGAAACGAGCAUGCAUUCGCGAUAUUCGACUGAAGUGUUUGACGUGCUGCAGACAUACCGCGGUCUUCCACAGCUGGAUAGACUGUUUUCAGAUCCGGCUGGUGAGACGACUAUCAAGAUGUCUCUUCGCGCAGAGGAUAGCGCUGCGCCGCGUAAUGACCCUCGUUUUGUCCUCUGGGGCGAAAUACACGUCCCGUCUGAUCUUGAUGGCGAUGAUGUCUCGGUGUCGCAGAGUGGCAUGUCUUCCCCUUCUAAUUCCAAUUCCCGCCGGGGCCGUGGACCCACAGACGUGCCUACCGUACGUAUCGACGGGGCAGGCACCACGACGAAGGUGCUCAUCGCGGCGACAAUCGAGCGAUGGAUCGCGCAGCUAACAAGCGAUCUCGACUACGACGAACUACUCAACUUCUUCCUGACCUACCGAACAUACAUCUCUGCCGUCGACCUUUGCCAUCUUCUCAUUUGUCGAUUCCACUGGGCGCUUAGCGGAAAGGACGACAUGGUGCGGAAGAUCGUACGCGUGCGGACGUUCGUGGCUAUUAGAUACUGGCUGUUGACGUUUUUUGUGAUGGAUUUCUUGCCGAAUCAGGAGUUGAGGCUUUUGUUGGCAAGUUGGUUGAAUACGCUCGUGAAGGAUCCUAUCUUGAAGAAACAUCAGGAUGGUUUGAACAUCGUACGAAAACUGAUCAAAGUCGUGAAAGACUGCAAAGAAGCCCACACCCGCAGACACCGCUCGGGCUCUGCCUCAGCGCGUCAAAGCAUAAGCAUCCCCACCAAACCCCGACCCACACACGUCCUAGGCGAAAAAUUCGCAGAAGCCAUCUCCUCCAAACACCAAGACGACAGCGACGUCGACCUCGAUUUCGCACCUGACGAACCACCCACGCACCCACAAUCCAUUUUCUACGGCGACAAUAACAACGCGUUUUCGUUCAACUCUGGCAGCGUGUCUUCACCGCCAAGGGCUGGUGCAGCUGCAGCUGCGAUUUUACAACAACCUUUGCAAAUGAAUAUAUUACAACAAAGCCGAGCUUCUAUUUCAGCAGUGGCUUCUAAUACGACCGACAGUACCUCUACGAGCGGCUCUCCCCCUAUCGUGUUCCCGCAGAGUGCGCUCUCACGCGCGUUCGUAAAGACCAUCGGACGCUUGGGAAGGUGGAAGAGGGUGCUGAAUUCGAGGCAGACUGUGGAUACUGGACUGGCGGUACCUGCGAAUGUGUCGGCGUUCGAUUUGGAGUUGAAUUCGACGGGGGAUUUAUUGAUGGUGAGAGGAGGUGUUGAGCAGUAUUUGAAGAUGAUUGAGCCGUUGGGAGGGCGUAAGGUGGAGAAGGUGUUGGAUGGGGCGAGUGCUGUGCUUGGGAGGCAGAGUCUGAGUGUGGAGAGGGAGAGUGUGGUUAAGGGGCAUGAGGCAAAGCCGGAUUUGUCGUUGACGCCGACACAGCUGCGUGCUGUUACGGAAGUGGAGGAGGAAGAGGAGCGGGAGAGCGUGGAGGUUGGUUCUAUUCGAGAUAAGCGCGUGUCUAUACAGGAGGAACGCCAAUCUGUGCAGGAGAAGCGCCAAUCCACACAGGAGAGACGUCUAUCCAUAUCGUCCACCUCCCGUGCGUCCACGCGUACGCACUCGACAGACUCCUUUGGCUCCAUCUUAUCCACUCGAUCACGAAUAAACCCCCUCGUAGCGCAAGUACAAGCCCAGCCGCCAUGGCGGUUCGAUGUCGUGUCCAUCGACGAUCUCGAUCUCUCAGAUACCUCUUCCGAGGCGCAUGGAGAAACCCCAGCUGCACCACCAGGUCUGCGCAAGCCCCCGCGUCGACUCCCACUAAGACGAGAUUUCGAAUUCGUACGUCGGUCGGUGGACAGCGUGUCUUCGAUGGGGAUUCGUUCGCGAGAUUCAGUUGCAUCGGGUGGAUCUACUGUGUCUUCUGCGUCUGUCGGUGCUCCCUUGGGUCAUAACAUUCAGCAGUGGCAGGUAAACGCGCUCGUGGACUCAUUGAGCGAUGACGACGAUAAUGGGGGCGUCGAAGAUGCGCUCAAGCGUCUUGAAGGCCAAAUAAAUCCUCAGAAGCGGAAGGAGAGAGCGAGGAAGGUUGAUGGGUGGGUGCGCACUAUUCAGGAGCGGAUGGUUGCGGGUGAUUUUGGGGAUGAGCAGCCAAGGUUUUUCGGAGAGGAUAAUGAGGAGGAUGACGAAGAUUAUGUGAUCGAUCAGCAUGAGACUGGGGUGCUGAGGAUGGAUGGACAAACGUUUGUGGGCACUGCGUCGCAGGUGACCAUCUCAGGGGCUUCAACGGAGGAUCAUUUCACCUCUGGGCGUUUGGAGUCGUCUGCGCCGUUUGAAGGGAUGUUUGGAGGAUCAGGACCGACGUCUCCGCCUGCGAGGAUGAGCGAUUUGAAACCUGCACCUGAAGAUGCAGUUCCAUUGGAGAUUCUGCAGAGCAGGGUACCGUCGAGGCCAUCUACAUCCCAUGGCUCGCCUAAGGCGUCACAGUUCAUAAUAACCUCCCCAUCCAAAUUCAUCCCCCCCGGUCGAAAACAGCAUCGCAGCUGGAUCCUGACCACGAGCACCGACACGGUCGUACAACAUUUUUCGAUGAUCGACCGAGAGCUUUUCUUGGGGGUGAAGCCUGAAGAAUUGAUCUUGGAUGAUUGGAUGUCGUGUCAGGAGGUGAACGUGUUGGAUUGGGCGCAGUAUCUCAAGGACCGGGCGCGUUGGAAGGCUGAGUCGCGGUGGAGCCAGAAGACGAGCGCGUUGGCUGCUGUUCGUGGGCGAUUCAAUCUGCUUGUGAAUUUUGUGGUUGCGGAGAUCGUGAUGACGCAUCCGAGCGAUCGGGCGAUGUUGGUGGGCAAGUUUAUUCGUGUUGCUUUAAAAGCGUACGUCCAGAGUAAUUUCAACACGCUGGUAGCUAUCAUCGCCGGUCUGCGCAACGAGUGGGUCACGAAGGCUAUGCGUCGGCAUUGGGGGCGCGUGAGGUUGUGGGAGAACGGGAUUUAUCAGAAGCUGAAGCAAUUUGUGUCGCCGGAAGAUGAUUUCAAGGCCAUGCGCGAUGCCAUCGCUGCCAUGGGAGAUUCAAAGCCUGUGAAUGUGACGGUCCGAACGUCGACGGUCAUGAGUGGCAGCAGCACAGAUCUGCCUUCAGGAAAAUCAAGAGGUGUUAACGACUCCAAGACCCCAUCAGCCUGCGUCCCAUUCAUAGGCGUCUAUUUAUCCCAACUAUAUCGCUACAGCAGACUCCCGGACCUUAUCGACCCUACAUCACCUCACGACCCCGUCGGCAUCGACUCCCAAACCGUCAAUUUCGAAUCCCCAGCACACCCAGAAGUAUUUGAUUCGCUCACACCUCUCCCGCCUUCGAUGCAGCUAGAACCUUUGAUCAACGUGCAUAAACAGCGGCUAAUUGCAGGCGUGAUCAAGGAUUUGGUGGGCGGGCAGCAUCUUGCGAGUCGGGUUCAGUAUCCGAUCGAUAAGAAGUUGUUUGGGAAGUGUCUUAGGGUGAGGGGGCUUGAUGGGGAGCAGAUGCAGAUGGCGUAUGCUAGGUUUGCGGAUUCGGAGACGGGCGUGGCGGUGCGUCCGACGGGGUAUCUCCCUUUGUAGAAGUGUAAUGUUCGUGUUGUGCUUUUUUUCUUCGACAUUCUGUUAUUUGAUUUGGCGCGCAAUAUGGGUAUGGAACUGUCUUUGUUGUAUUGAAGAGAAUAAUGUACACAACACAUACUUGGGAUUGAGGUUCUGUAUGACAGCAGCCCUGGAGCCUCUAUAAUAUAUAGUCAUUGGGUUAGUUGGUAAAAUCACAAUGAAAGGCGUUCCACUUUGAUCAUUU